GCAAGAACGUUCCUUACUUCUUUCACUUUUGCUUUUAACUUCCUGAAAUGCAGACGUAUGUUGCACUUUGACUGAUGCCUGCUGGAACCAAUCAAAUGUGGCAGUGUGCCGAGAGCUGUCCAAUGAAUGACAAGUUCCACAGACAGAGACGAGAGCUUUUGAACUUCGAACUUCCUCAUGCUGCAGUUGUGAGAACUUGCUGGGUACAACAUGAAGGGAGAAGCGGAACGGCAGGAGCAGUAUCAGGAAUUUGUUGCUUAUUAUGAAAGGAAAAGCCGAGAAGGAAACUUGACUUUGUUUGACACAUUGGACUCAAAGGGAGACCUCGACGUUCAAUCAGGGUGUCCUCUCAUUGCGGGGUUAGGGAGCCUGUCUUUGCAGGUGUUGAAAGAGAAUGAUAUGGGUGCUAGGCAGCAGGCUUCUUUACUAAGAGGCCUCAUGAAGGGUUUUGCCAUUUUGGAGCUUGUCUGUGUCAAUCUCUUCCUUUAUCCAUGGAGGAAAGAGAUAAGGACUCUGAAGAAAUUUACUGGUAAUUUUGUGUACUUUGUUGCACCCGUGAUUCCAGAACACAUGGUGAAACAGAUCCUCCAGAGAGUCGGUUAUACAGUGGUCACAGACACUGAGUAUAUCUUUGGAGGAAUAGUAAAUUCCGAAGAAGCCAAACAAGCUGCCUUUGAAUUAUUUCUGUCCAGGACACAGUGUGAGACAUUAAUCAGGCUGAUUCAAGAAGGCAAAAUGGACCAUGUGCAGCUCUUCCUUAAUUCUGAAGGCAGCAGCGAUAUAAAAGAAGAACCGGAUCAGGAAAAAGUUUUGCAGAAUUCUGCUGGUAACUCAAAAACAACCCAAGAAGGCAUACAUAGCGUACAGAAAAAUCAUGCUGAAAAUAAAGAAUUGGACUUAAAUCACACUGACAAUGUUGCCAUGCCUCCAAAUCCAAAAAUGCACAAAGAUGUUUCCAAUGCCUGUAUCACACACGACUCUGUAUAUUUGUACAGCAACUGCUCAGAGAGUGAAGAAUUUCUCAACCAAUAUAGUGACCUAAAUCUAGCCCAGAAGCCAAUUUUUCCUAAACACGCAAGCAGACAAAGCUAUACAAAGACUAAAGACAAUAGGAAAGAUGAGUGGGUGCAACCAGUAUGUGAAGAAUCAAGCACGAGUGGUAUCCUGACACAGGUCAAACACUCCCAUGCUUUUGAUAUUGAAGGAAGCCACAUACCCUCAAGUGAGCAUGUCAUUCAAGAAACCGGGAGUGAUGGAAUCUCUGAAAGCAAUGAAAUCAUAACUUGUACCCAAGGCCUAACCAAAAAGGAGAGUAAUCAUUCUGAACGAUUGGUGAACAAGCUGAAGCUUGAGAAUAUGGUAGACGAGUUGUUAGCCUAUCCUAUUGAAGAAACAGCACCUCCAAAUGCUGAAUCUGCAAACAGUAAUGAGACAAAAAACUGCAAUGCAAAUGCCUUUAAUUUGAGCCGACUCCGAGAGCCUCCCAGUUCCACAUACAUACCCCCUGGCGGGGCAGAGAGGCAGUGUGCUAAGAUCAUAGACAUGCACCCUAAAGAAAAUCACUUCCAAGCCCCUUCAUCUGAAGACACAUUUAUAAUUGAUCAGUCCUUGUUUAAGAUGAAUGUUGACCCAAGAGAGGACUUUGUUCUUAUCACCAGAAGAGAAAAUGUGUAAUUUUUUGGCCAAAAAUGUAAAAAAAACAAAACAAAAAUUAUCUAGUGAAAAAUAUUUUUUCAUAAUAUCUUUAUACAGAAUUUCAGAGCUUGAUAUUUUGUACAAUAAAGUAAAUGUUAUAAUAACUAAAAUACUGCUUCACAAGAACAUUUAUAAUAAUCCCUACCAGAGUCAAGUUAUUGAAUAUUCCCGUAGUUCUUAAAAUGAACCUACAAUUAUAAAGGAUUAGCUUCUUUGAGAAGUACAGUAUUAGAUAUAGGGACCUUGAACAUGGCACAGCCCCCUCUCCCCAACCACACGCAAUGAUAAUGUUGUGGAAACAUAUGUGAAAUUGGUAGAUAAGGACAUAACCAAACAAAGAAAGACUGUUACGUAAACCUAUGCUUGAUCAACGAUCCAAUAUGACGGGUAGAGAGUGAAGGUGCCUUUCUGAUUUAAUGAGUAAUAAUAAAUUGAUAUUUAAACCUGCAGAUAAAGGUGGCGCUUUGGUGGUCAUGGAUAAGGACUAUUAUUUAUCUGAAAUCUUUGGUCAGUUAUCAGAUAAUGAGGUGUACAAAAAUCCCUGUUAACCCAUUGAGUUCUAUACAACAGUACAUGAUGAAUAGGGUUCACCAGGUAUAAUUUGAUGACCAAUUGGAAUAUUUUCUCCUUGAAACUUAUCCUGUUACCCCUGUAUUCUACACCCUUCUAAAAUCCAUAAAAAUAUGGAUAUAAACCUGGACAUCCAAUUGUUGUGCGGACAGAAUCUGCACUUAAUCCACUGGUCAUUUAUGUGGAAUUUUACAACCUCCGGUCUACAAUACAACCUCCUAUUUAAAAGAAUCCAAUCAUUUACUUAAUAUCUUAGAAUCAUAAAAUUACCAGCACAUGUUUUUCUGGUUAGUUUGGAUGUCUCCAGUUUAUACACUUCAAUUAAGUAUUGUUCAGGGGUAACAGCUGUCAAAUAUUUUUUGGACAGCACUGAUUACACUUCAGUCCAGAAAACAUUCAUCAUUGAUCUUUUAGAAAUUAUUUUACAUCAAAAUUAUUUUCUCUUUGGAGACUCAUAUUAUUUACAACAGCAGGGGCAGUGAUGUGGCACCAAGUUAUGCCAAUCUUUUUAUGGCAUAUCUGGAAACACAUUAGGUGUAUGUAAAUUCCCGAUCCAGUACCCAUUGUUGGUUAUAUUUACUUUACAUAGAUGACCUGCAACUCAGAAACAUUGACUUCUUUUAUUGAUUUUCUGAAUAACAUGGAGGAUUUGAUUCAAUUCACAUAUGACGCUGACUGUAUCAGUUUUCUGGAUGUGAAUAUCACCAGGACUGGACUGAAAUUGGAAACUGAAUUCUUUAGAAAGACAACUGACAAGAAUAGACUUUUACAUUUUCCACCCAUACUUUCUCAAAUGUUCCCUUCCAUAAACACAAUUUUCACGAGUCAAAAGAAUCGUUUUCAGCACAUACAAAUACAAGGAAAGGAUUGACAAAAUGAUAAAUUGUUUUAGAGAAAAAGGAUACCUUGAUGAUGAUUUUGGAUAAGGGUUUGUCGUUAAUUAAAAAUAAGAGUCGUGAGAAGUUACUGCAUUCCUCCAGAAACAACAAAGAUAAUGACAAUAGGUUUGUCUUUGUUUCAAAUGUCUCCACUGCUAGUAAAUAUGGCCGUAGAAUAAUAAACAUUGGCACUUACUUGCAUCGUGCUUUUCUAGUAUUCCAGCCUUCCAACAUCCACCCCUGAUGGCAUACAUAAGGGCCAGGAGCCUUAGAGAUCGACUAGUUAAAAACUGAUAUUGGUCCUUUAAGACACGUUUUCUCUGUAACCCCAAAUAUGGGACAUUUCCUUGUCUUUAUUGCACACAGGGAAUGUGUUUUACCAUCCUCACUUGGGUAAGACAUAUAACAUAUGAAAAUUACAGAUUUGAAUCUUCCUUCGUUGUGUAUUUGUUGAAAUGCCCAUGUGAACAUAUUUAUAUUGGGGAAACCACACAGAAGGUAAAAAAUUGCAUUUCCAAACAUAAAUGCACCAUAGGCAAACAGUUGACUGCCCUUCCUGUUCCAGCACAUUUUCAGAAACCUAAACACACAGUAAGCCAGUUACGCUUUCAGGUUAUUGAUUCAGUAGUGAUCCCUAGACGUGGGGGUAAAAGGAUCCUUAUGAUAAGAAACUGGAGAUGCAGUGGAUACAUAGACUGGAUACUAUUUGGCCUCUAGGGCUUAACAGGGACUAUACCCCAGGAAUGUUUAUUGAAAUUGCAUUAGGUAUGUAGUCCUGUUUUUAAUGGUGUUUAACGUUAAGGUAUCACAUGUACAUUUUUGGGAAUUUGUUUUUAACUUUCCUCUUUUAUGAUCUACAUUGAACACCCUGGUGCAUACAAUGAAGUGCCUUAGUUAAAGUGCGGAGUACUGUAUGUUACAUUGGUACCAUAUAAUGUCUCAGGCAUGUAUAGAUCAAUUCCCGUAUGUUUUCAAAUCCAUAUAUUGGCCUUACAUGAUUCAUCAAAUGAAAUUAUUGUAUCUGUGUUACUUUAUUGUAUCUUCACACAACUGAACUGUCACUGUGUUCUUUCACUGGAUAUUUUGUUAUAAUUUUAAAGACUUUGCUAUGGACACCCUGCCACUAACCCACGGUUACACUUUUGGACUGUAUGGCUAUGGACUAUUGCUAAUGAAAAAGACUCUGUCGACUUUGGUCUAUGUGGGCGGGAUUAGAGGCGGGAUUUAGCCUCCUUUUCAUUAUUUAAGUUUGUCACAUGUAUUACACUAUUAGGCUUGACAAAGGGCCCUGUAUAAGCCCAAAACUUUGCCACUUGCUUAUGAGCUAAUAAACAUCUGUCAGCAAUUCAACUGCA